AGCGUUGCACGCCCUGAUUUUCUUUCGAGUUUGUCGUUUCGAUUCGCAGAGUCUCGAGUGCAAGUGCAGAGCCUAUUGCUUAUAGUCCAGAGCCAUUCCAGCAGUGCAUCUAGUUAAGUCAGAGAUUGGUGAAAUCGGUUCGACAUUGACGGAUAUUCAGUUCUAAACGUUGGCAGAACGAUGAAAUUGCCCCUGGUUUCGGCACUUUUGCUGGUGGCGUUGGCCCACAGUGCGUAUGCGCAACACCAGGACUACACCACCCCAGUGCCCAUUUUGAAGCAGAUCGACAAGCACAACGACGACGGAUCCUACACCUAUGGCUACGAGGCAGCGGACAAGAGCUUCAAGAUCGAAACUAAGUACCCCAACGGCGAGGUGUACGGAAAGUACGGCUAUGUGGACGACCAGGGCAAGGUGCGGGAGAUCGAGUACGGAGCCAGCAAGCGGGGAUUCGAGCCCGCUGGUAGCCACAUCAAUGUGCCGCCUCCAACGCUGACCAACACCAAUCCGUAUCCCCUGGGACCCAACGAGAUCGAUGACGGCCAGUACCGCGAGGAUCCUGCCGUCUACUACAAAGACCAGAAGUUCAAUCGUCCUCUGUCGCCUGCCAGCAAGUUUAGCUUGAAUGACUUUGGGCGUGGCCAGUCCUACGCCCCGCCCCCACAGCAGCAGCAGCAGCCGCAGCCCGUCCCCCAGCGUCCUUACUACAACCCCACCCCCCAGUACUACAACCCCCCAGCCCCGCAGCCGCGCUACUACAAUCCCCCCGCCCAGCAGUCCUACUACAAUCCGCAGCAGUCGUACGCCGGACUCCCGAAUCAACACCAUCCGGCUCUCAGGAAUCUGAACAUCUAUACGGGCUCCUACAGCAUCGACUAUACGGGCCGGAAGUAGAGGCCAGGAUCGGGGGCAAGGAUCAGGGGACAACCUUUGAGUUGGGCCAGAGAGACAGCGACUGAAGUGUCCGAGGACAAUGUCAACAUGUUACUGCCAAAUAAAUCAGUCACUCCGCAUAUCCCACAGAUAUCUAAAUAGUAUCUACUGUUUAUGUAUGUUCUUCCACGUACUAUAUAUGUGUAAUAAAACGAGUUUCCAGACACAAAGUGUUAACAGA